AUGCGUCCACCAAACUCCACCCCGCCGCACCCAAACCCCACCAAAACCCUCCAAACCCACCGCCGACCACCCACAACCCACCCAAACCCACCCCAACCUUACCUCUCCACAGCCCACCAAAACCACCCCGCGGGCACCCAAACUGGCCACCCAAACCCUCCAAAACCCACCCCGACCCUCCACACCCAUGCACCCAACCUACCGUCUCACACGCCACCUUGCGCAAACCCAACCCACACCUACCCCAACAAACCCCACCCAAACUACCUCUCAGACAGGCCCACAAACUCCACCACUUCUCGCGACUCCACCCAAACCAGCACCCGAGCCCUACCAAGCCUCAUCUCCACGCCACGUCUAUACCCACCCGGACCCAACCAAGCUUCCCCACCACAACCACGUGUUACUACCAACUCCAAACCCGACAUGCGGAUCAGGUGGUGUUACCAAGAAGCAGAUGAGGAUCUCCAGGGUAAGUUAACUAAAGAAACCAUAAAAGUCUCCCUUGCAAUGGAUACAGACCGAGCAAAAGUAAGUCCUCGACUGCUCAACUUGCAGACGCAAAGUGCCAGUGCCAGUCCAGAGUAA